AUGAAGCCAAAUACUACAGAAGGUCGAUUAUGCCUCCCAAAGGCACGCCAUGCUGAAAACAAUGGCCUCUGGAAGUGCCGCCAAUACUACUAUCGGACGCUUGAGUCACCAUUGACAUGUGGCCUUGGGUCGUCGCCAGCUCCAGACAAGUUCUAUUUGCCAGAUAUGGUUCGGAUUUGGAAACCCAAGGAACAGUUUCACAGCAUUCAGUUUGAUUACAAGUGCCCCCACUGCAAAUCUUGUUCCAUAGAACACAACGCACAAACUUGGCGGCCAGCAUUUGAGCACAAUGAGAUCAGAUGGGUCUAUUGCCAUUGCUUGCUCUGCAAAGAUUGUAAUGCUAUGUUUAGUUCAACUGAUCCUUCUUUCCUUGGAAUGCUCCCCACAAGCAUUGCAGAAAGCUUUGAGUUUGUCUUCCCGCCACAAGGACCUGGGGUGCAUCGAGUCAUGCUUCGUCGGUUGUCACUGCAAAUAGACAAUCAUGUCCUUUUUGGAGCAUGGGCCCGUGAGGUCAAUGAUCUCUUGUGGGAAAAGUACUUUCAAAAGUGCAAUCAGUACUAUGAAGUCUUAAAUGAUUGGCUUGCAAAGUGGCCGUCACCUUCCUGCUAUGACAGCACGGUGCCUUUGCAUGCAAGGGAUGGAAAGGGACAAUAUGAUGGCCGACCGAUUGUCCCCUACUCAGCAUUUGGUGCAGCUGGGCAUCAUAAUGGAAUCAUGAUGACAGAAGGCCUGGCAAAGACACUGUUUCGGCUUGUAGAAGGCGGCAAGAGAUUUCAAUAUAAUCAGAAUUCUUUUGCCGCAUGGCACGAUGGCGGCUUGCGAGCUGAUGACACCUUCAAGCUUCCGAAGAAGGUGUAUGUGACAACAUCGGGAGGGAACCGGACAAGCAUGUCCCACGCUGCAAAUAGGCUUAUUCUGCAGGGACUUAAGAUUGCAAGGGACCAUGUUGGCGCGCCACCUUUACGUCUACUCCAAACAGACAAUCCUAUAGGGGAACAAGCACCUUACUAUGAAGUAUUUCCAGAACUGGAGCAGGGCAUUGUGGCUCGUGCUUCACUGCCAAUGAUUGAAAUACCCCCUGAUGACAUUGUUUCUUUUGAUGUUGGCAGUGUCCUCAAUGCUUACAUCUUGACGCUAAUAGACAUCUUCAUUCAGCAUGAUGAUCAAGAAAUCUUCUAUGGUUUGGAUACAGAGUUUGGGAGAGACAGCAAACUUACUGUAUUGUCGCUGGCAUUCCCUCAGUCAUUGAGAGGAUCAGAACUAGGAACAACAGUCCCUAUUGCCAUUGUCAUUCACCUACACAAGAUUGGCAAGGAGCAGUUCCCUGCUGACUUAAAGCGCCUCUUGGAGCUUCCAAGUAUGAUUCCAACCGGACGCUUGAUUGGAGGUGAUUGUAAGAAGCUAGAGGAACAGUAUGGUAUUAAGUUCAAUAGAAUGAUUGAGCUAGGUAACUUGUGUCGAUUGGACAAUGGUGAGCUUUCAAGCUUUUCCCUUUGCAACUUGAUCAAAGUGUACCUCCAGUGCAUGUACCCGAUGAACAAGUCAGCUGCGCAGUUGUCUAGCUAUGCAAAACCAACACUGACACCUACAGACAAACAAUACUGCACACUUGAUGCAGUGGUCUCACUAUGGGUUUUUCACCGGAUGGUAGAAUCAUUAGCAAAUGGCAUUGGUAAUCAACAUCCAACUUUGCAGGUUGGGAAACGGUGUACGGUGACACAUAAUGCAAAAGAUAUUGCUUUUGGGCAUCUGAUCUUUGUUGGUGCCAGAGGCGAACAGAUGGUGGGGUGGUGUGACAUUGGGCAGAAGGGACUGCCUUGUUGCUAUUGA